CUCCUUUGAAAGAAUGGAUCAGCUGCGCCAGUUGCAAAACAUCAUCCAAGCAACCAGCAGGGAAAUCAUGUGGAUCAACGACUGUGAGGAGGAGGAGCUUCUCUAUGACUGGAGUGAUAGAAACACUGAUAUUGCAAGAAAGCAGGAAGCGUUCUCCAAGCGCAUGAGCCAGCUGGAAGUUAAGGAGAAAGAACUCAAUAAGCUUAAGCAGGAAUGUGACCAGCUGGUACUCAGUCAGCACCCUGCUUCUGACAAAAUUGAG